AGGCCCCAACCCCAACACCCCCAACCCGCCCGAAAGAAAAUCUCCCGUAUCGUCUCCUCCGCUCCUUGCGCCAUCUCGCGGCAGAUCAGGGGAGGAGGCGCCGAUCUCCAUCUGGCGAGCAGAGCGGGGAGGGGGCGCCGUCGUCCUGCUGCAUCCUGAUGUUACUCGCGCUUCAAAACUCUGAGGUUUGUUAAAUCUGUUGGCUAAUCAUGGAAGAACAGCAAGUAAAGCCCUCUGAUUCACAUCCACCACCUGCUACUCCGGUGGACAGCCAGGAUUCAACUGCACCUCCUGUCAGAACUCCUGACCCUGUUUCUCAGGCUACUUCAAAUGAUUCUGCCACCCAGUUUGCCAGUACAGUCCAUGUAGCCCCUUCACCUGCACCUGUUCCAAAUGCUGUUCCAAUACAAGAUGCUGCAGGACGCGAGGCACAAUCCUCCAUAUUUUCAACAUCUGGCUUAUCCUCCUGGGCAAAAAACCUGAAAAUACCACAGCCUUCUUCAGGUCAAGAAUCACCAACGGGGAAGAACACAUUUUCUCGCCUCACGAGUGGCCUUGGGUUGCGCUUGUCUCCAAAAGGUCCUCAGCAAGAUGAGAGUGCUGAAGGCAGCACAACCCCAACAACAGCACAAUCUGGCGUUUUUGGCUCUUUUACUAAAGGCAUCGUGGAUUCCUCUAAGAAUGCUGUUAAGGCAGUGCAAGUCAAGGCUCGCCACAUGGUCUCACAGAAUAAAAGACGAUAUCAGGAAGGCGGCUUUGAUUUAGAUAUGACAUAUAUUACAGAGAACAUCAUUGCUAUGGGUUUCCCUGCUGGAGAUUUGAGCUCAGGGCUUUUUGGAUAUUUUGAGGGCUUCUACCGCAACCACAUGGAGGAAGUCAUCAGGUUCUUUGAAAUGCACCACAAGGGAAAGUAUAAGGUGUACAACCUUUGCUCGGAAAGGCUAUAUGAUGCAUCUCUUUUUGAGGGAAAGGUUGCAUGCUUCCCUUUUGAUGAUCACAAUUGCCCUCCGAUACAACUUGUCAUAUCGUUCUGCCAUAGUGCUUACUCUUGGUUGAAGGAAGAUAUAGAAAAUGUAGUGGUUGUUCAUUGCAAAGCUGGAAAGGCGAGGACAGGAUUGAUGAUCUCCAGUCUGCUACUAUACCUGAAGUUCUUUCCAACUGCGGAAGAGUCCAUUGAAUACUACAAUCAGAAAAGAUGUGUAGAUGGAAAAGGGCUUAUUCUCCCAAGUCAGAUUAGAUAUGUGAAAUAUUUUGAGCGCAUCUUAACUUACUUCAAUGGUGAAAAUCAGCCUCCACGCAGGUGCAUGCUCAGGGGAUUUCGCCUUCAUAGAUGCCCUUAUUGGAUUAGACCAUCAAUCACUGUGUCUAAUCACAAUGGUGUUCUUUUCACAACUAAGAAGCACCCUAGAACAAAGGAGCUGAUGCCAGAAGAUUUCUGGUUUAGUGCACCAAAGAAAGGGAUCAUGGUUUUUGCGUUGCCUGGAGAGCCUGGAUUAACAGAGGUAGCUGGUGACUUCAAGAUUCAGUUUCAUGAUCGACAGGGGGAUUUCUACUGCUGGUUAAAUACAACAAUGAUGGAGAACAGGGUGACUUUGAAUCCAACUGAUCUUGAUGAUUUUGACAAGAGGAAAUUACCAUCACCUGGAUUCCAGGUUGAGGUUGUCCUGGUAGACUAUGAUGGUUCACAACCACCAAAACCAAAACCAGCUGCCGCAUCUACUGAUCAGAAGUCUGAAGCUGAUUCCUCGACUGGAACUGUUGCAAAAGGAAAUAAUGCUUCAUCUGCAGAAGUGUCCAACAAGGAAUCUGCAAGGAAUGAUAAGGAUGACGUCUUCUCUGACAGUGAAGCAGAAGAUGGAUCAUCCAAGGGCAGAAGGGAGAAGGUCUCUAGGAACGUUGAGGGUACUACUAAUGCUGCAAAAGCGUCUGAAACAAGCUCUGUGCAAAAGGAGGCGUCUGCUGCUGCUUCCAGAAUUGAAAAAGUAUCAAUAACCAGCGAACAAGGAAGUGCAAGGACACCUGAUGCUGCACCUCUCAAAAGUGGAGUUAGCAGCAAGAGCAGCUCCACCACAGCACCACCACCACCCCCAGCGGCUGCUGACUCCAGCAUGAGCGAGUUCAAGGCAAUUGCUGCAGACGCUUCGGUCUUCUCGUUCGGAGAUGAAGACGACUAUGAAAGCGAAUAAUUCACACCCUUUUGUGGGCGCCUGGUUCGCCAUUGUAUAGUUUGGUGCUUUCCAGAUCAUGAUAGGAUACCACCUGGAAGCAACAGGUAGAAAAGAUGAAAAGAAUUGCUUUGUUCUACCGUUUUAUGUUUCAUUGUAGCCCUUUUUCAAGCUGUAAUGUUGUACAAUGGUGAACUUUGUAACUCCAAAAAUGUCAGAACUUUGUUGAUACUUCGCUUAUUUGUUUACAGAGAUUCUAUACAUGGAUUCUUACGAAACGGAUUGAUUAUUGCGAAA